UUCUCUUCUUUUUAUUCUAGGUACCUACAGGAAAGAAAAGGAAAAUCUAAAGAAAAAGUAACAGUAUUUUUAAUCGAAAAUGGCUGCGAGCCGUCGCAAACAAGAUGACAAAAAUUUAGAAAUCCUACGUGAACUUAUAUCUUUAAACGGGAAUAAAUAUUGUUUGGAUUGUAAUCAGAGAGGGCCUACAUACGUCAAUACGACAAUUGGCUCCUUUGUGUGCUCAAAAUGUUCAGGAAUGCUGCGCGGUCUCACACCUCCUCAUCGUGUAAAGUCCAUCUCCAUGGCUACUUUUACACCAGAAGAGAUAGAAUUCAUAAAAGUAAGAGGAAACGAUUAUUGCCGACGCGUGUGGUUAGGCCUUUACGAGGGUGAAAGUGUAAACUUUACUGAUGAGCAAAGCGUAAAAGAUUUCAUGUCUGAUAAGUAUGAAAAAAAGAGGUAUUAUCUUGAAUCACCACCUAAUAGUGUACCAGUCACAAAUGGUAAUUCAGUUAAAAAUAAAAUUAAAAGCAAGUUGGCCAGUAGCAAUGUGGGUGUAGCCACUCCUUUGAUAUCCAUCAUGCCUCAAUCUACCAAGACUUCCAACAACAAUAAUAAUGUGAAUGUUGCAAAAAUAGUCAGUAAUGUGACACCUGUAAGUGAAAAUAUGCACAAACUGCCGAGGCCGGUAAACAAUUUUUCUCAGCCAAUGUUUAACAAGAUGCCCACAAUUCCAGCUGCAACACCAAACCCAGCCCCUGUACCUGAUUUUCCUGUUGAUUUCUCCACAGCAAACAUUUACAACAGCACACAGUUCAACAGUAGUAUGAACAAUAAUAAUAUUAUGACACAACCAUCAAUGAACAACAAUCCAGUUUUUAAUGCCUUCAAUUCACCCCAAGCUAGUUCAAAUGACCGCUAUGCUGCUUUAGCAGACUUAGAUUUGGCAUUAAGACAGCAAAACAUGAAGAAUAUGGAGGAGGGUAACAAUGUGAGUAGGAAUCCAUUUCAAAGCGCUUCAGUCAGUGAUAUAUUUGCUAAUAAAAACCCAUUUUUCAAUGGAGGUUGGAAUACAGCAUCCGCAGCCAGGCCUGUUAAUCCAUUCAUGCCUGCAAACAAUGGGGCCUAUGUGAAUUCCAAGAAUCCUUUCCUCUGAUAGCAUCUGCAGCCACCUUAGGAACAAGCAAGGAACAAAGAUAAAUUAAUGCAAACUAAAAAGCACAAACAAUGCUACAAAUAUUAUAUUAUAAUUGUUUAAUUUUUGUAUAACAGAGUAACUCAAUUAAGUAUUUACAUUUUGCCAUAGAGUUAGUCUAAUGUGCUUAUCGGUUGUUAACUUAAGUGCCUCAAUCUGCCUUAAAAUUUGAUGAAAAUUAGAAGUUAAUAAUAUAUUCUUAUAUUAUCUGCUGUUAAUAUUUACACAUCUGUAAAGAAUAUUUAAUUCUACCAAUGAAAUAAGCAAAUCAAUUGUAACAUUAUAAUAUUUUUUAUUAAAUAUGCUGGUCCUAGCUUUAUUAAUAAUAGUAUUGGAUAAAAUAUGGAAUUUAAAAUCAAUUUAAGUCCUAAUUUAAAAUUAUGACUUUACAUGACAAUAUUAAGUAUGUAGUUAUUUUUUGCAUAAAAUUGUAAUUGGCGGCCUUACUGAGAUAAAAUAAUGUUAAGGAUUUAGGAGAAAUUAAGUCAGUAGCCUGCUGUGAUGUCAUAUUUCCUUCAGAAAUAGGUGUAUAAUGUAUUAGUUAGCAGCAGAAUUCAAUAACAAUUUUAAUAUGAUUUCAAUCUUUUUGUAAGUCAGUUACUAAAACAUGAUUAGUUUGUAGAAACAUCUUGAUAAGAACAAUUAUUAUCUUUCAUAAACUUUUUUGUACACUGCACUACACCUCUCUAUGCAUUGCAAUCAAAAAUUGUUAUUGAGUUAUGUGAAAUGUGUUUUCUGCAGCUUAUUUGCAUUGCAUCAGUAAGUUAAGGGUACAAACCAUUUUCUAAUCAUGACAUUAGUCAAGCACGAAGAACAAUCAGUUUUCUAAAAUAUUGUUGUGUAUUUGUUAUUAGGAACCUAAUAUCAGACGA